CAAUUGGAAACAUAACCCUCCUUUUUCCGUGAAAUCCUGUACGGUGUACACGUGUGUCGAAAUGGUGAACGCAGUUAAAUCAAAAAAACCCGCUGCCGGCGGCAAGAAAAAGAAUAAACAUCCUCUAAAUGCAAUCUUGGGGGCUGGCAUCAUGCGGUAUUCAAAGAGUAAGAUGUACAAACGGAGGGCUCUGUACCGGCUGAAGGACGUCAAGCGCCCAGUAGUCAAGAAAGAGAAGAUCCCCAUCAAGAAGGUGAAGAAGAUCGGAGGUCCCAAGAACGGUGGUGAGCGAACAGUUUACUUGAAGAAGCCAAAGGCUGACUACCCAACCAAGAAACGUGUCCAGAAGAGACCAGCCCGCUCCACAUUCAGCGCUCAUACCCGCUACACACGCCGCUCACUGAAGCCUGGUCGUGUCCUGAUCUUGCUCGCUGGACGCCACCAAGGCAAGCGAGUCGUCCUCCUCAAGGUCCUGAAAUCUGGUCUUUUGUUGGUGACUGGCCCAUACACAGUGAACGGCUGUCCUCUUCGUCGCAUCUCACAGCGAUACGUGAUUGCCUGCCAAACCCGCUUGAACUUGAGCAAGUACAAGGUUCCAGAGCACCUCGACGACAAGUACUUCCGACGUAUCCUGAACAAGGAGAAGAAGACCGGCGAGGCCGAUAUUUUCGCCGCCAAGAAGACCAAGUAUGUGCCCAAUGAGCAACGCAAGGCCGACCAGAAGGCUGUCGACGACGCUAUCUUGAAGGUGAUCAAGAAGAACAAGGACGGCAAAUUCAUCGUCAAAUACCUGAAGAGCAUGUUCAGCCUCCGCGCCACACAAUACCCUCACAGAAUGAGGUUCUAAGAUGGCAGUGGCAUUUUUACAUAAAAUAAAACAAUCUUAAACUUAAA